UUGAAAGAAUCGAUUCGCGGAUAUGAAUCAGACAUCCUAUCGCGAGUUUAAGCGUGUGUGAACUACAACUCCCAGAAUGCCCGAGUCAUUCUCUUUCCGUUCGUCCAUGACUUCAAAUGUCUCCGCGGGGAAAUGUGGACACAGCUAAAGUUUACGUGAUUUUCUCUCUGUGGAGUUGCCAUGGUUUCCGCAGUGUUGUCAAUAGUACAAUGACCUGGGGUAGAAAAGAGAUGUAGCAUCCAAAUCUCAGAGGGUUUUAUGACGUUGGGGGUCGUGUCAGCCUAAUCUGGUCAUCCUUGAGUGGAGCCUCACUCUGGCCAAUAGGAUUAGAGAGUGAGGGAAGAGGCUUUACCUAUUCUUGGAGUAUGUGAUGGCAGUCUUCUCAUACUGAAGCACAGAGUUACAUCUGUCUCUCAAUUCUGACUCAAAAACCCAUUCCUGUAUGACUGGGAACAUUGUUUUCCUUUCCAUUGGAGAAACUGAGCCAAGCAUGGAGCUAGGAAAAGCCAAACUUCUGAGAACAGGGUUAAACACCCUGCACCAAGCCAUUCAUCCGGUGCACGGAAUAGCCUGGACGGACGGUAAGCAGGUCUGUCUCACGUCGUUGUAUUCUGUCGAAGGUGAGCCCAAAUUUGGCGACACCAAUGUCAUUGGACAAUUCGAACAUGUCUUGGGACUCUUCUGGGGGCCGUUGUGCUGCUCCGGGUCCCCGGCGUUGCUUGCCGUGCAGCAUAAGAAGCACAUCACGGUCUGGCAACUUCAGCUGAGCGCUUUGGAGCAGAACAAACUCCUGUGCACACAGACCUGCGAAAUGAGUGAGCCAUUCCCACUGCUGUCUCAAGGAUGUGUCUGGCAUCCCAAAAUGGACAUCUUAGCUGUUUUGACCAAGCGGGACGCCUCGGUUUUGUUUUCCGUGCGGGUUGAUAAUCGUCGUGUGAAGGCUGACAUCAAGGGUGGCGGUCUGAUCCAUUGUGCCUGCUGGACAAAAGACGGAAACCGCCUGGUGGUCGCCAUCGGUAGCGCAUUGCACUCGUACGUUUGGAACGACAUCCAAAAAAGCCUGGUGGCGUGUUCCUUCUGCCCUGUUUUCGAUGUAGGUGGGUAUAUCUGUGCCAUCGAGUCCACCGACGAGGCUCAAGUGGCUGUAGCAACCGAACUUCCGCUUGAUAAACUUUGCGGGCUCAAUGCGGGCAUCGCCUUCGACCUGCCAGAUGAGUCAGAGGCAUCGACUUGUCGCCCUUCUCCUGUUUUGACAGUGGAUACAGACUAUUAUGCGGACUCUAGACGGAGAUCAUGUGAUUCUGAACGCUUGGGACACGGCUCUUCAUCCGGACCCAUAGAUCUAACACACAUUCUCGCCAAACACAGGAAAUCAGACCCGAGCCCUCUCAUUCACUUGAGGCGGCGGGAUCAUUUGUCGGGAAAUGGUCAGGACUCGUCACAUUUGAUUCUAGUGACGUACGAACGCAAGGUCACCACUACAAGGAAGGUCAGCAUCCCUGGCAUCUUGGUUCCUGACAUCAUUGCCUUUGAUCCGAGCGGGAGCACAGUAGCCGUGGCAUCGAACACAUGCAACAUGAUCCUUGUUUACUGUAUCACGGAUUCUUCCAUGCCCAAUGUGCAACAGAUCCAGCUGCAAAAGAAUGAGAGGCCCAAAGGGGUGUGCUUUUUCACCAACAAGAUGUUGCUCUUUAUGAUUGGCCGGCAGAAGUCCAAUGAUCCGGCUUUCCUCCCCUCCUCCAAUACGGACAAGUACAUCUUGAGGCUAAUAGCCAAGGAGCUGGUAUUCGACGAGGAAGGUGCCACCCCGGUGGUUCCCAAGUCCGAGCCGCUAAGCCAACAACAUCAUGGGAUUAGACGUCAUUCUGAGAACUUUUCUAAAGAGGACCGUCUAUCAAUUAAGGAUCUAAUUCUUCCUGGAGGCUCUGUAAUUGUUUCGCCAUCCAGCCGGAGAAAAUUAAUCGAGGAGGUACGCAGCUCAGAGUUGAGCCCUGUGGCAAGCUCUGCCGACUUCUCCGAUAGAGCGUCCAGUGCCUCCUCCAUUACUCUAGAAAACUACGACAUGGAUCACAUCAGCCGCAUGGCCACGCUCGCCGUAGCCGGUCAGGCCAGCCGGGAUUCCAGUCGGCCAUGUUCUCCCAGGUACGAGGCCUCGGAAAAGUCGUACUCCGAUGCCACUCCGCCAAAGAACAGCUUUCAGUCCAAAGAGAAGAACCUGGAGCAGCUGACGCAGAACAUGGAGAGGAUUUUCACCCGAUUUGCUGACGUCCAGCAGUGCCUCUCAGAAAUCAGAGACUUCACCCAGAACGGCAAGAAGAUCGCAUGCAGUUAUCCGUCUGCUUAUGAACCGCAAUACGUGCACAUUACGUGUCAGAAACAGUUGUCUGAGAAUGUGUAUACGGAUGAGAGAAGGCCGUUGCUGCUGUGUGGGGGGCGGAUCUGCCUGCGGGUGGUACAGGAACUGUUCGGCCUGGCGGUCGUGGAGAUGAUGCAUGGUCCCAUGUGGAUUGUCUUGGUGGCUGAUACAGAUGGUUUCGUUCCGCUCACGUUUAAACACAAGGACGAGCUCACGAUCAGGAGCGCCAGAAGGAAAUCUCCUGUAAGACCCCCGAGUUGUGCGGAUGUAUUUCCCCCUGAAAGUCCCCUGUCUCCCAACGCAGAAAAAUGAAGCCCAUAUCAUCGCAAGAGGACUUGUUAGAAACAUUUUUUUAUAAUAUUUAUCUUUUGUUAGCUGGGUGUUUGUGGCUAACACAGGAAUAUUCCAAAAUUUGGAAUUCAGGGAAAAUUUCUUGCUGACAUAUUCGUCACUUUGAUAUAUAAAGGAUGAUGGUAGAUUUGUGUAACGUGACAGAACAUUUUUUGUUCAUUUUUCAGAGGAAAUACUUGAGUGCCUGCUUGAUUAUUUUUGCUAAAAAUAGUUUCUGUUAUCCCAUACAAAAAUGAAGGUAUAUGUAAUGUGGUAUUAAAACUCAUAGUGAAACUUCA